GCACUGGAUGACCAAGUCCCAAUGGAGGUUCGGUACACAGAAGAGGGUCCUGGACCUGGGAUCUUCAGAACAGAGUUGGGAGACCGGCGGCAACCCACCUCCCAGUCCCAGUGCUGGUGUUGCCUGCAGCGUGGCUGUGCGGUACUGGGAGCCCUGGGGCUGCUGGCUGGAGCAGGGGUCGGCUCAUGGCUCCUAGUGCUGUAUCUAUGGCCGGUUGCCUCUCCACCCAUCUCCGGGAAUUUGCAGGAAGAGGAGAUGAAUCUGAGCUGUCCAGGAGUCAGCAGGGAAGAAGAGCUUCUCUCAUCGCUUCCCCAAACAGUAUCUUUCAGGAUCUUUGGCGAGGAUCUCCUGCUUGAAGUGCAAGUAAGGGCUCGGCCAGACUGGCUCCUGGUCUGUCAUGAGGGCUGGAACCCUGCCCUGGGGAUGCGCAUAUGCCAGAGUCUUGGGCACCUCAGGCUUGCUCAGCACAAGGCAGUGAAUCUGUCUGACAUCAAGCUCACCAGAUCCCAGGAGUUCGCUCAGCUGUCUGCUAGACCGGGAGGUCUCCUCCAGGAGGCAUGGCAGCCCAGCGCUAGCUGUCCUUCUGGCCGAAUUGUUUCUCUCAAAUGUUCUGAGUGUGGGGUGAGACCUCUGGCUUCUCGAAUAGUUGGCGGUCAAGUGGUGACUUCUGGGCGCUGGCCAUGGCAAGCGAGUGUGACGCUUGGUUCCCGGCACACGUGUGGGGCCUCUGUGCUGGCACCCCACUGGGUAGUGACUGCUGCCCACUGCAUGUACAGUUUCAGGCUGUCCCGCCUGUCCAGCUGGCGGGUGCACGCAGGCUUAGUCAGCCACAGUGCCAUCCGACAGCAGCAGGGAGCAAUGGUGGAGAAGAUCAUUCCCCACCCUCUGUACAGCGCCCAGAACCAUGACUAUGAUGUGGCUCUCCUUCAGCUCCGAACUCCGCUCAACUUCUCAGACACUGUGGGCGCUGUGUGCUUGCCGGCCAAGGAGCAGCAGUUUCCAAGAGGGUCGCAGUGCUGGGUGUCUGGUUGGGGCCACACCGACCCCAGCCAUACUCAUAGCUCAGACAUGCUACAGGACACUGUGGUACCUCUGCUCAGCACCCACCUCUGCAACAGCUCAUGCGUGUACAGCGGGGCACUCACACAUCGCAUGCUGUGUGCUGGCUACCUGGACGGAAGGGCAGACGCAUGCCAGGGAGACAGCGGGGGACCCCUUGUGUGUCCCAGUGGUGACAUGUGGCACCUUGUAGGGGUGGUCAGCUGGGGUCGUGGCUGUGCAGAGCCCAAUCACCCAGGUGUCUAUGCCAAGGUAGCGGAAUUCCUGGACUGGAUCCAUGACACCGUACAGACACCUAUGUCUCUUGGCUCCCUGGCAGGUCCGCUAGCUGCAGAAGAAGCAGCUGCCACCUCCGAUGCCGAGCUGUGGAUCUCUCGUGGAUCAUCCCAGAUUGAGGGCCAGCAGCUGCAGCACUGGCCUCUCUCCUAA